AUGGUUCGUCGCCAGCCCUCUUCAACCUCUUCGGCCGCUGGUGGCACCUCAAGUCUAGUCGCAGAUAGCUCUUGCUCUAACGGCCCUUAUACCCGCUCCUGCUGGAAGAAUGGAUACUCCAUUGCUACAGAGUAUGUGCUCCGCAGUAUCCAUCAUCAAGCUUUGCUGACCAUGCUUCAAGUNUUCGAUCAAAAGUUCCCUUCUACUGGAAACACCGUUAGCUACAAUCUUGAAAUUACCAACACAACAUGCAACCCCGAUGGAGCACAUGAGCAACAGUGUCUCUUGAUCAACGGUCAACUACCCGGACCUGUUAUACGAGCCACCUGGGGCGACACUCUCUCGAUCACGGUCACCAAUUCCAUGCAGGACAACGGCACUUCGCUACACUGGCAUGGUAUCAGACAAUUCAACUCACCCGGAAUGGAUGGAGUGAACGGCAUUUCUGAAUGCGCACUUGCACCAGGCGAAACCAAGACGUACACCUUCAAGUGCACGCAAUACGGCUCCUCGUGGUACCACAGCCACUAUUCAAGUCAAUAUGGUAUGGGUGUGGUAGGAACAAUCUUGAUCGACGGACCUGCUACCGAUAACUAUGACAUCGACCUUGGCACUUUCCCAAUGAUGGACUGGUAUUACAAGAAUGCCGACGUGGUGAACGCUUUGGCUCUUGUAGAUGCUCAGGCUGGAGGUGGUGCGCCACCUUCGGAUACCCUCUUGCUCAACGGUACCAACGACAACGGCCCUGGCGGUAAAUAUCAGUCUGUCGCACUCACCAAGGGCAAGAAGCACCGCCUGCGUUUGAUCAAUACCUCCGUCGAUAGUCACAUGAUGGUCAAGCUUGAUGGCCAUCCGUUCACGGUUAUUGCUGCUGACUUCAUCCCCGUUGAAGCAACGCCUGCUGAUGAGUGGCUGCUGGUUGCCAUCGGUCAGAGAUACGAUGUGAUCUUCGAAGCCAACCAGACAUCAGGCAACUACUGGUUCAGAGCGGAAGUUGCUACUGCAUGUGGAAGUGCAAGCAACGGAAAUGGUCGUGCGAUCUUCAGAUAUGACGCAUCUGACACUUCCACGCCUGAGGACUCGGGCGAGACUGCUCCUACAUCUGAGUGUAUAGACAUGAACACAACUCCAUACUGGAAGCAAUCUGUCGACAAGGAUACUUUUGUCGCACAGGCUAAGACUUUGAGCACCGGCUUCGGUGACGGCGUCACGGUCAACGGCGAGAACCUGCUCUUGUGGCAUUUGAACACUACCGCUAUGUCUAUCCACUGGGAUAAGCCAACACUUGGUUACGUGUUCAAUGGCAGCGACGCCUGGCCUCAAGAGUACGAUGUAAUCGAAAUUCCCAACGAGGGCGUUUGGACCUACUGGGUCAUCCAGCAGAUNCCUAUCCAUCUUCACGGUCACGACUUCUUCGUGCUCGGACACCAAGCAUCGUCUAACUUUGACGCGUCGACCAUGACUGAUCAGCUGAACUUUUCAAACCCUCCUCGCAGAGAUACAGCUACUUUGCCUGCUUCUGGCUGGCUCGUUCUAGCCUUCCCUGCCAACAACCCUGGUGCUUGGUUANNGCUUAUGCAUUGCCAUAUCGCCUGGCAUGUCUCUGAAGGCCUUGGCGUCCAGUUCCUUGAGGCCAAGAAUCAGAUUGUCUUGCCUGAUGAGACGCAAUUCAAGCAACAGUGUUCGAACUGGAAGCAGUACUCUGCUCACAUGGCCUUCCCUCAGAUUGACAGUGGUCUCUAG